GGUGAAAUAAAACAUUCCUCUCCAGCAGUUCAAAUGUCAAACCCAGUGGUCACCAAUCAACCUGGUGCAGGAGGCUAUGGGACGAAUGUCCAGACUGGAGAGUGGAGCACUGGCUUGUGUUCAUGCUUUAGUGACUGCUUAAUCUGUGCUUUUGGUUGCCUCUGUCCAAUUGGUCUGAGUUGCUACACUGCAAAUAAGUAUGGUGAAAACUGCUGCCUGGGUUGUGUGCCAGGAGGCAUUACUGCCAUGAGGACUCAUAUGAGACUGACAUAUGGCAUCCAGGGGACGGUAUGCAACGACGCCCUCAUGACUUUUUUCUGCGGACUUUGUGAACUGUGCAGGAUGGCCCGAGAAAUUCGCAUCAGGAAUGGAGACGUUACAAUGUAACAUGAUGAUUUCAUAAGCCCUGCACUUAUUGCUCAGUAUAAUAAGUGUAAUUCUGCUCACAUUGAAAACAUUUUUUGUAUAUAACAUGCUUUUACUAACAACAUGUUAUGGGCAUAUGUUCAUCUCUAAAAUGAUUUAAACAUUUCACAUCCUUGCCAUGUUUGUGUAAAAUUAGAGAAAGAGUCAAAAUGUACAAUGUAUAUGAAUAUUUUAUUAAAAAUCAAACUGCUUAUGUGGAGUUCUAUUUCUGAUUUGCUUCCAAAAUGUUAAAUUAAGCUACUUAAUCCCUUAAUAUACAACCACAAGGAAAAAGUCUUAAUGAGCUGGACAAUGAUAUUGUUUCUCCUUUAGUAAUUCUAUGUCAGGGAUUUCCAUACCCUGUUCUGAAAUAUAUAUGGGCAGCUUAAUUCGACUUGAUAACACUGAAUACAAUAAUCGAUUCUGCGUUUUUAUGUUUUACAUUUUAAAGGCAACAUGAACUUGCUUGUAUUCGCUUUUAAUUGCUUGUAAACCUUUCUGUUGUUCUCUUGCAGAGUGUUGAUAAAGAUAAAGUUUGUC